AUGUUCCUGUGGGUGCCCUGGGGCUGGUGUGGCGUGGUGGAGGACUUUGACCAUGUGGAGCGCUGUAAGGACUCUAUGUACAUGGGCAGCCCACCACGGGGCUACCUGGGGGGCAGCAACCUGAAGAAGAUCUGCCAGCGCCUGGAGGACAAGCCCCGAUUCGUCACCCUCUAUGACCCCCACAGACACAUGCCCCUCUACUCUGCCUAUACCUUCAAACGGUCUGACGGGGAGAAGAGCAUGGACCAGCCCUGGAUGUAUGAACCACAGCUGGCCUCCAGUAAAGCCAGCAGUAAUAUGGAGGUCUUCCCCCAGUCGGCUCAGAUGCACAUGCGUCUCAUGGACAGUCAGGCGGUGCUGGACGACUUUACAGAUGUGGCCCAGUAUGAGCGUGGCCAAUUGAACCCAGACCAGCACCAGUCGGAGCCCCUGGACAAGGCAGCCACCUACACCCUGUCCAACGUGGUGCCUCAGAUCAGAGAGUUCAAAACUGGCCCCUGGGCCCAGCACGAGGACCGCAUCAGACAACGCCUCAACAACUACUGCCGCGGCAAUGCCUAUGUCAUCACGGGAGUUACCUCGGCUGGGAACAUGAUCCGGCGAGACAACCAGGAACGUGUGGGCAUCCCAGAGUACAUGUGGACGGCCUACUGCUGUCCAGACUACGACCACAAUGCCCCCUACCUAGAGCGCUACCGCUUCCCUGUGUUUGGGGCCUAUGGUCUGAAUGACAGGGUCAACAAUGCUGUGGUGGAGGUGCCUAUCAAGACCCUAGAGAAGUUUCUGAAGGGACGGAUGGAAGUGGACAAGAACUACCAGAUCUUCGACAAUGACUGUGUGCCUGAUGACAUGUUGCCAUACUAG